AUGCCGGGAAUGGACGACGUGCUGGUUCUCAUGGGCACAGGGGUGACCGAAGCCCUCGAGAAGCUGCCCAUCCAUCUAGAAACCACUCUCCGCUGUGUCCCUCAUUACGCCGUGUUCUCUGAUUUCGAGGAAGAGAUUGCCGGCGUUCGCACCCACGACGUCCUACGCAGUCUGAGCGACGAGGUCAAGAAUCAUGAUCCCGACUUUGAGCUGUACAACAGAGUACAGCAAUCCGGAAGAGACGGCCUCAAGCCCAGCGAUUUCAUGGUGGAUGAUAUCAGCGGCCCAAGUGGGAAGCCAAAUAACCCCGGUUGGAAACUUGAUAAAUGGAAAUUCCUCCCCAUGAUUGAUGAAGCCCUCGCCCUCCGUCCCGAGGCAAAAUGGUAUCUUUUCAUGGAAGCCGAUACCUACAUGGUCCUGCCCAAUGUGGGACACUGGCUGCAGCAAUUCGACCACACCAAGCCGUAUUAUCUCGGCACGCAGAUGAUGCUGGGUGACCUGGUGUUUGCCUACGGGGGAGCAGGGUUUUUUCUCUCUAACGCCGCCAUGAGACAGUUCUCGGAGUAUCGCUCCACGCGACUUGCCGAGCUGGACAAGUUUACCGCCUCUCAAUGGGCCGGGGAUGCCGUGCUGGGAAAGGUUUUAGCCGACGCUGGUGUUCAUCUCACAUUUUCGUGGCCCAUGCUGCAAACUGCGAGAAUUUGGGAGCUCGACCACUUUGGGAAACCGUGGUGCUCUCCAGUGCUUUCAUACCACCACAUGACUGCCGGCGAUAUCGAUAUCAUGUGGCGCUUUGACCGACAGUGGCAUAAGAAUAACACCGAUUCUCCACUCCUUCAUAGUAAUGUCUUCAAUGAACUCAUCCUGCCCGGACUGUCAUCGGAGCGAGAUAACUGGGAUAAUUUCUCAAAAGACAACCAAGAUGCAUCUUCGCAAGAGGACUGCAAGCAAAAAUGCGUCAGCGAUUCAACUUGUCUACAAUACUCUUUUCGAUUAGGAAAAUGUUUCACCGCAAAAACUGCACACAAGGGAGCUGCUAAAGAAGGCUUCAAGUCCGGGUGGGUGGCGGACCGCAUCAGGAAAGAAGCCCUGAAGUUGGGUUCUUGCACGACUCCUGAAUGGGUCCACUGA